UGUAAAAAAGGAAAGAAAAACAAAAACCGGGUUUUGCCCAAAAGGCACAACCACCACGCACUCUCCAACCUCCAAUCCAUUCGAUUUUCGGUUAAUUGCUGAAUUAGCAGAGCAGGUAACAGCAGAAAGCUUCUCGAACGCUCGAGGCGCCAAUUUCUGUGGAAAUUUUUGCGGUAACGAGGUAAAGAGAGAGCAAGAGAGAUGUCAUACUUGCUGCCUCACCUUCAUUCUGGCUGGGCUGUUGACCAGGCUAUCCUUGCAGAAGAGGAACGACUUGUUAUCAUCAGGUUCGGGCAUGAUUGGGAUGAGACUUGUAUGCAGAUGGAUGAAGUGUUAGCAUCAGUUGCCGAGACAAUGAAGAACUUUGCUGUGAUGUACUUGGUUGAUAUAACUGAGGUGCCUGAUUUCAAUACGAUGUAUGAGCUGUAUGACCCAUCCACAAUUAUGUUUUUCUUUAGGAACAAGCACAUCAUGAUUGAUCUUGGUACUGGAAACAACAACAAGAUCAACUGGGCAAUGAAGGACAAACAGGAGUUCAUCGACAUUGUUGAGACCGUGUACCGCGGUGCAAGAAAAGGUCGUGGUCUUGUAAUUGCACCCAAAGAUUACUCUACCAAGUACCGAUACUAAGCACUUGUUUGUCUUGCAUGCGCUUGAAUGUCUAAUGGCACAGGUGAUAAUAUACAUUGAGAUCUAAGAUUCUGUUGCUGCGAUAUAUUUCUGAUGCCACGCCUGAUUGUGGACAUGUAAAAGUAAUAUCAGGUUGCUGACUGGGAUGUCUUUGCAAACUGUAAUUUUAGACCUAGAAAUCAAUAAUCAGUUAAGAUCUUGUUUUGUA